CUUAAAUGUGUCCGAACCUUUUCUGCAAAAUGAUAUUAAUUUCAGUGAUCCGCACAACUGCCGGUGCUCCUAUUCGGUUUCGCGUCUUUGCAUGGAAUUUUUCUCAGCACCCUUCGAGCAUGGUUACGGUGUGCGCGCUUCUAGAAAGAAUAAACUAAACACGAAUCAUUUUGCGCACACCUACUUACGAUGAUGUGGUCCUUACAAUAAUUACUUCGAAAGUCAAAACCGCCAUGCGCUCCAGCCUUUUGCUCGAUCUCCACGUCAUUGCUGCCACUUUUCUGCGACGAGAGCAUGUCGGACAGCACCGGGGGACAGUCGCUAGAACGCAACACGAACAAUGACCCGGAGACCGGAAAUUCGUGGCACCAAGCAGAAACCGCAACAGGCGAUGAUGACGAGGACGAGUGGGGCGCCUUCGGGCAAUUCCAGCAACCGGAGCUGCAAGAGAACCACCUUGAUUUUUUCGCAAACAAUGACACGGCAACGCAGCAACAGCAGCAGUUUUUUGCUCCUCCCGCCACCGCUGCUGCCACUGUCAUUGCACCGAUUGGCACCACUGCUGUUGAACAACCAACCUCGCCAGAUCUGUUUUUCCAGCCGCAAGACCCGGGGGGCACAACAGGGGGGUCGGUGCAGGACUUCGGGAUCGCACCGUCGGUUCCGGCGCAGCUCACUCCCGUGCUAGAAAGCGGGAACACUACCGGGCCGUUUGUCGAUUUCACAGGAAAUGACGACUCCGGCAGCACACGGCAGCCCGUUCUCGCGGGCGGAGAGGAAACGCCGCAAGAACCGGGGCAGGGCGCUUUCCCGCCCGGGAAUGAGGGACGCUUGUUCCCGGCGGAUCCGUUUUUCGGACAGGAAUCUGCGGGAGGGACGACCGCGGCAGCGAACUCCGGCCGGUCGGCGUCGCUCGGAGAAGCGCCCUUCUUCAACACAAUGGACCCCGAAGACACGGCUUCGUCCCCAACUCUGCCCGCAACUACCGGCGGAAACACGCAAUUAGCCGUAACCCCAAUAUUAACCAUGAAUACAAGCAAUGGCGGAGGUUUCGAUGACUUCAGUAGCCUGGGAGCUGCACCGUGCGGUCCAGCACCGGGAAAUUACAGCCAGGUAGAUCCAUUUCAACCGCACCAGCAGCAAAGUAGUAGCAGCAGUCGAACAGGAAACGCCGACGCACAGGAUUUUUUCUUCACAACCGGCGGCGCGCCCGUGCCAGCAGAACAGCCGGCGUCUUUCGGGUCGGAUAACUUCGGUGAUUUCUUCGGCGGGCAGCGCAAUGACAACGACCCGGGGGCAACGUCGCAAAUGCCGCCGCCGUCGCACUCCACUGAAGAUCCGGGGGCGCCGUUGGAGCGGCCAAUGUUUGGCGACUUCGCGGAAGGUGGAAGCAGCAGCUCGUCCGAGGGUCUGCAACUCGGUUCCGGUACGGUGCAGCAACUAGCCGCGUCUGCGGGAAGUUCGGGCGCGCCUCCGCAAGUUGCCGUUGGGGUGGAUGAUGUUGACUCGGGACGACCCGCGACUCCGGUGGACGAGCAGCAAAGAAGACAAAACAACCGAGCAGGAGAGGAACAUCAAGAUUUCAUCUUCCACACCGCAACGCAGCCAACCGCAAGCGAAGAUCCGGGCGGCACAGAGCAGGACGGUCCUUUCCAGAAUGCAACCGAACCUCCUCCCGGCGCGCGCGAGGACCCCGGUGGCACGCAGCAAAACUUUCCCUUGUUUCCAAACCCGCAGGAACAACCCGGCGCGAGCGACGAUCCCGGUGGCACGCAGUCGCAUGCACCGCCACCCGUUACCCUGCCGUUGCUGGGGACCGGAGGGUCGGCGGGCGACACCGGCAAUUCGCUUGCACCUGCGGAAAUAGGUGGAGCGCGAACGCCGGACGACCCAUUUGCUGCACUGGCCCCGCGAGAUAUGAAUGUACUUUUUACUCGUGAGAGCAGAUGAAAGGCGUUCUUUCACUUUUGCUUUUGGCGUGAUGUCAUGGUAACUUUUAGCAGUUGUACUAGAGUGGACGAGAAUAUGAUCUUACUCAUAGAUACAUAAGAAAAAAUCAAAUAAUUCAAUCAGGUCACGACAACUACAGCCCCCGGUGAACUGUCUACCGGCGGUUCAGGGCACGGCGAAACUGGCGAGACGGGAUUCUCCUUUCCAGCCCCGAUUGGGGAGGAGGGGACGGGCGGUGGCGGCAGCGUUGGGGGGCCCGCCGAUAGCAGUGGCGAUGAGUUUUUGGAGGCCCAAAGACCUCCUGCCGCAGGCCACCAAGAUGCAAAUCGACACCAAAUCCCUGACCCUUUUGCGCAGGCUAUGGCCGCAACGGGCGGCGACGGCAGCCGAGGCGCCGCACCGGUAACAGCCCCUACGCAGGAAUCCACGGGCGGAGCACAAGAGGGUCAGGAUGUUCUCUUCACACACGCGGACGCAACGACCGGCGGGUCGCACGAGACCGCGGAGAGUACGCCGCAGAACAACAUGUUCAACUCUAACACGUCGAGUAGUUCGUCCAUCGAUCUGCUGAUUGAAACCCAGCACGCCGCCCGCGUCGAGCAGUUCCAGUCCCACGCAUCAGUGGAGUACGACUUUCCUCCGAGAUCGUCCAGCCAGGGUGACCAGGGCUCGACCGAUCUGACGCCAAUAGUAGAAACAGGGACGGGACCUGCAUCAAGCUCCAGUUCGGUGGUGAACGUUCAAGCCCCGUUAUAUUCGCCGCGCCGCGACUUGGAGUUAAUGCAGCAGCAUCCGCAUCAAAUAGAUCCCGGCGGCAUAGGCACCAAUCAGAUGUCAACGGCAUCAACGGCGGCAACUUUGCUCCAAGCGACAACCUCGGUAGAUUCGUCCGGCCAAUCGUUUUUGCAAGAUCCAGGGCCCCCCGGCACUGCGACAAGCACGCAAACGAUGCAAGAACCGGACUUCUCCUUGCUCGCCGGCGAUUCGGGCAGCAGCAGGAAAGCGUCAAAGCCGUUGUUCACCCCCGGCCCCUCCACCGAUGACGAUCCAAUAACGGUAGACGACAGCAAGAAAGCGGAUUUCGGUUCUCUCCUCGCAAAGAUCGAGAACACAAACCUGAAUUCGCCGUUGCACCGGGCGAAUCUGCUCGGACAUCAUCACACGGAAGACUCACCGAAGGGGAGCGGGAAAGGCAGCGGGAAGGAGUCUGGGUCACAAGGAACUUCCGCUAGCUAUGUGAAGGUAGAAGAUGACUUUUUCUUCGAACAAUCAGCGGCUACCAGUACCAAAGGUGGCGCGGUUGGGACAAGAACAGAGACCGCAGAAGAGCACGCAGACAACUACACCGGGCGCGACGGUUUCGUGGACUUUGAGCCCCCUUCUACAGCGCCGGCAGAACUGGCAGUUUCCGCCACCGCUUCGUCUUCAGGCGACGACGAUGGUUUUAAGAAAGUGGAAACGGAUGAAAGUAGUGCACCAGAUACAACUUUUGCCACAGGUGGUCCACUGCCAAAAGACCCAGUCACCGCCGCGAAAAACAAGGUCGAGGAUGAUCUUUUCGCUGCCGCAGUGGUCCCGCAACUACCUCCACCCGGUGCAGCUCCUGCGCAGAAAGACGAUUUCUUCGGUGAGAGUUCUUCCGUGUCGAAAGGAACGAGUAAGAUCGCAGCACAAAAUGAGGAUCCGUUCGGCGAUCUCGCAAAACCGCCUGCAAAACAAUCCGCAGAGCAGCCAACGAGCUUUGGCGAGUUUGGCGCUGCGACACCAGCAUCAAAUGCGGUCUCGGAUAGCGAUGCUUUCGGCAGUUUUGCAGCGCCGGUGGCCGCAGAAGCAGGGGCGGAAGAAGGGAAAGAUGACUUUGGCGAGUUCGGAACGGCAGCUAUCAUAGAGGAUGAAGCCUCAGCGGCGAGCAAGGACGCGACCGAGGACGAAGCGGUUGCAGUAGUGGAAAAACCUUCACUUCCUCCGGAAACUACAGGUUUCGACACCAUUGCCAGCUCAAAAGAAAGCAGCUCUGGCCGCCCACCGGACCUUGCGCUUGGGGGUGCUGUACAACAAGCAGCGCUUGUCGAUAGCGAAGAGGACGCAACUAAGUCCAGCGACGUGCCGAAACGAGAACCUCCGCCCGAGGUAGCAAAUGCGACUGAUGAUGAUGGCUUCAGUGGGUUUGCAAAGCCACCCGCUGAACCAGCAGAGAGUAAAGAAGCCAGCAGCUCAGUUAGCAGCGUGUCCAAACCGCCCGCCGCCGACGAUGGUUUCGGCGAUUUUUCAAAACCUGUGGCCGACGACGCUUUCGGCGAUUUUUCCAAGCCCCCACCCGCUGACGGAUUUGGCGACUUCUCGAAGCCGCUAGACGAGGACGGCUUCGGGGACUUUUCGUCGAAACCAACUGAUGACGACGACGACGACGGCUUCGGUGACUUUGCGCAGCCAACCGAUGGCGACGACGAUGACGGCUUUGGUGAUUUUGCACCAGCACCCACGAGCGCGCCACCAGAGGAUUUCGGUGGGUUUGCCGUCGCGAGCAGUAAGCGCGGUUUUUUUGCUCUGCAUUUCACUGAACAUCAGGGAGUUUGUUGUUGACACUACGUUGUGUACUUCACGCGUCGCUGAGCUGUCGUCGAUUUUAUUCCUCGCAAAAACUUGUACCUUCCUAAAUCAUCGCAAUGUAAAAACCGUUUGAUAAAAAAACAGGCUCGAGUAAAGGCCCGACGUCUAUUUCCGCACCCGAGGCGUCAAUGCAAGAGGCUGCGGAGAAACCGUCGCCACGGCUUAGGCUAAAGGUAUACUGGUGAUGAAUUCAGGCGAGGUUCUAUCUAGUGCUGCUUCCACUGCAAUUCCAAAAUGAAUCUUCGAUAUUCAGCUUAGAGAAAAGUGGUGGUCUUGUUCAGAAUCGUUUUCUACUCACACACGCUCAACAGGUCGCUCCUGACCCGCAGCAGCCUGCGCCCGCUCUGAGCGCGUUUGCACUUCCCAAACCCCCCUCCCCACAAGUACCCAAACUGCUCGCUCCCCCGACCGCAGUAAACCCACUUGGCGACCUGUACAGAUCGAAUGCGGCAUCCUCCUUCAACCCGCCGCCACGGAAAAACAGCAUGGAUGAGUUCUUAUCUUCCACCGGCCCGAGCGCUGGUUUUGCACCAGCAGCAUCCCCAGCUGAAGGUGCGGGAAACGAACCAAAGGACGGGAGGCUUACGGACGCGCAGAUCCGGGAGUUUCUAGAUUCUUUGCCAGACCUGUCGUGGAUGAAUGCCACUUCGCUGCGGUUUCCAUGACAAGGUGUUUUUUUGGUCAAUGCUUGCUCACCGACAAAAGUUAUCUGAAUAGUACAAAGCGACUGUCAACACCUGACAACAUUCAACAUGAUUUUUCACUUAUCAAUCACAAUGAAAUAGCAUCCGGUCGGACGGAAUUUUCGCACGUGCGGUUUUGUCUGACAUAUGCUAUGGAUGUACAUCACAAGCGCAGAGAAUUUUUGAAAAUGCGAUUACUAGACG